CUGGUACACCUAGGAGAACUUGUAGAGAGAUUGAUGGACGUAAAAAAAUUGGCGGUUUGUUUUCAAUUCUGUGUUUUAGAUCUUUUUAAUUAAAUCUAGUGUGUAGGAAAGAUGGCUUGUACGUCGGAGUCGGAAACACCAUCGGUUUCUAACCUGGAGGAAAAAAGGAGUCGUCUCUGUGACGAGUUUGCAGCUGUAGCGGGAACCGACAGCGCGGUGGCUCAGUGCUACCUGGCUGAGAAUGACUGGGAGAUGGAGAGAGCCUUAAACUCAUUCUUUGAAGCAGACAUGGAGAGAGUGUUUGAUGUUGAGGAUCUUCCAGAGAAAGCCACCACCCCCAAAGCCAAGAGGCAGAAGGUUGAAGAAACUGCUCCAGGAGACUGCAUAGAUUUGACUGCAGACAGUCCCGCUGCCACACGGAAACCCUCAGAAGAUGAUGAUGGUAAACUGUCAAUGAUUACCUGGAACGUGGAUGGACUUGAUACAGACAACAUUGUAGAGCGUGCCAGAGGCCUCUGUUCAUAUUUAGUCUUAUACACCCCUGAUGUGGUGUUUCUACAGGAGCUCAUUCCACCUUAUGUCCAGUACUUGAAGAAACGGGCUGUUAGCUACCUGAUGAUUGAAGGUGGUGAGGAAGCUUACUUCUCAGGGAUGUUGCUGAAAAAGUCACGAAUCACAUUUGUGGAGAGCGAGAUAGUAGCUUUUCCCACCACUCAGAUGAUGAGGAACCUGCUUGUUGCUCAGGUGAUCUUCAAAGGCCAGAAGCUGUGCCUGAUGACAUCCCACUUUGAGAGCUGUAAGGCACAUGCUGCAGAGCGUAUGAAACAGCUGCGUGUGGUGAUGCAGAGGAUGAAAGAGGCACCUGAUGAUGUCACUGUUGUGUUUGGAGGAGACACAAACCUGAGAGACACAGAGGUGGCCAAGGUGGGCCUGCCCGCCACUGUCUGUGAUGUGUGGGAGCGACUGGGCAAGCAGGAGCACUGCCGAUACACGUGGGAUACCAAAGCCAACAGUAACAAGACUGUUCCAUUUGUCAGUCGCUGCCGCUUCGACAGAAUCUACCACCGCCCGGCUAUCAAGGAUGGAGUCCUACAUUUGGCCCCUGAUCACAUGGCCUUGGUGGGGCUGGAGAAGCUGGACUGUGGCCGCUACACCAGUGAUCACUGGGGAAUCUACUGUACCUUCUCAGUUGAAUAGAAAUGCACAAAACAACCAGGAACAUUUCAGCUGACCAUUUUGUUUUAGAUCAACUGCUCUUGUACAGAAGUGUUCAGCUGUAGAGGAAGAUGUUCUUAUUGCCUGUAAAUGAUUUGCCUUCAUUUAAUCAGUUUAUCUCCUAAUGUGUGUCUGCUUAAGUGUUUUUAUGUGGUUAAAAUGACCAAUUAAUAUGAAAAGCACCAAUAAAUUGUCUCCAUUGUUUUGAUAUAGUUGUGCAUUGAUUGAUACAACAUUAACAGGGAGUCUGACAGCUCUUCAGCUUUUAACCUUGUUACGUGAUCUUCCUCAAUGGAUGGCUUUCUGACUGAAACAACAAUGCACACAGCAUGAGAAACUCUGCUCACUCUGUAUGUAAUAUUAGCAUCAAGCCACUAGAGGGCAGUGCACAGUUGAAUAGCAGCUAAAUUAAAUGAACAAAU